GCGCACCACGCGCCGGGCGCGGCCAAGAGCUCGGCCACGGUGAGCCGCAACCUCAACCGCUUCUCCACCUUCGUCAAGUCGGGCGGCGAGGCGUUCGUGCUGGGCGAGGCGUCGGGCUUCGUGAAGGACGGGGACAAGCUGUGCGUGGUGCUGGGCCCCUACGGGCCCGAGUGGCAGGAGAACCCCUACCCGUUCCAGUGCACCAUCGACGACCCCACCAAGCAGACCAAGUUCAAGGGCAUGAAGAGCUACAUCUCCUACAAGCUGGUCCCCACGCACACGCAGGUGCCCGUGCACCGGCGCUACAAGCACUUCGACUGGCUGUACGCGCGCCUGGCCGAGAAGUUCCCCGUCAUCUCCGUGCCGCACCUGCCCGAGAAGCAGGCCACGGGCCGCUUCGAGGAGGACUUCAUCUCCAAGCGCCGCAAGGGCCUGAUGUGGUGGAUGAACCACAUGGCCAGCCACCCGGUGCUGGCGCAGUGCGACGCCUUCCAGCACUUCCUCACCUGCCCCAGCGGCACGGACGAGAAGGCCUGGAAGCAGGGCAAGAGGAAGGCGGAGAAGGACGAGAUGGUGGGCGCCAACUUCUUCCUGACCCUCAGCACGCCGCCCGCCGCCGCCCUGGACCUGCAGGAGGUGGAGAGCAAGAUCGACGGCUUCAAGUGCUUCACCAAGAAGAUGGACGACAGCGCGCUGCAGCUCAACCACACGGCCAACGAGUUCGCGCGCAAGCAGGUGACGGGCUUCAAGAAGGAGUACCAGAAGGUGGGCCAGUCCUUCCGCGGCCUCAGCCAGGCCUUUGAGCUGGACCAGCAGGCCUUCUCGGUGGGCCUGAACCAGGCCAUCGCCUUCACCGGAGAUGCCUACGAUGCCAUCGGCGAGCUCUUCGCCGAGCAGCCCAGGCAGGACCUGGACCCGGUCAUGGACCUGUUAGCGCUGUAUCAGGGGCACCUGGCCAACUUCCCGGACAUCAUCCAUGUUCAGAAAGGUAAAGCCCGGCUUGUAGAGCAGCAGGUGGUACGGAAGGUGGUGUUCAAGAGGCAAAGGAUGACCGAAGGUUCAGGCUCGUAUCUCACGCGUCUGGCAGGGAUGUGA